AUGCAUCUUUGCCGAUUUAAAUUGCACAGUUGCAAACCUGUAGCUAGGAAAAAGUUACACAUUUUUAGCGAUGAACAAAGUUACGUAAACAAUUUGACCCAUUUGUAUAUAUACAAUCAAUUAGACGAAAAGAUAAUAAAUAAGAAAAAAAAAUGCGAUGAAAAUAUAAACAAAUAUGUAGGAAAAAUAGCUAUACAUUUAAAAUUAAACAAAGAAAAUUGUAAUAUAAUAUUUUCCUUACCCACGUUUUUAGACAUAUUUUUUUUUAAUUAUUUCAAAUUUAAUUUGAAAUCGAAAUUAAUUUUUCUCAGCAAUUUUUUCAACAUUAAGACGCAAAAAAAAAAUCAUUUUUCUUUAAAGCACGAAAAAUUUGAGAAAAAAAAAGUGGAAAUUUUAACACAUUUAUGUAAAACUUUAGUAAACUCUAAUUUACAGUAUGUACAUGAAAUACGCCAAAAAUAUAUAAACAAACAUUCUAAGUUACGCAGUAGCAAUAAAAAAGAAAACAACAUUUAUCAGAACAAGGUUAAUUACAUUUUGCACACUCCUAUUCCAGUAUAUAACAAAACAUUCUUGCAAGAUUUACUAAAUCAAACACAUAAUUUAAAAGAUUUAUGCAUUGUUAUAUACAUUAUAAGAAAUGUAAUUCUAUUUCACACAUUCGAUUACAGUACAAUACUAGACUCUGUGUUGAGAAAAGUUUAUUUAUAUUUUAAUGAAAUAUCCAUAUCAGUAAAAAACAACUAUGAGCACAACUUGACAAUCUUCUCUCCCCCAACUACAAGUGAUAAAAACAAAAUAGAAAAAACGAAAACGGUAAAGAUUCGGGAUCUCAUUUAUUCCUUCUACCAACUUACUUACCUCCACAAGGGAAAUAAAAUUCAGUUUCUUUUUUUAAAAAUAUUGAUCAUACUUGGCAGAAAUUAUGCCUACAUUGGGCUGCAAAAUCAAGACACUUCAUUGAAUGGUAGAAAUGGCACUAACGAAAUUUCUACACCAACCCUACAUAACCCACACAGAACACCCAUCGCAAAUAAUCUAUACCUGUCAAACAAAGACAUUGAACAGUUAUUUUACCUUCUCAGCAAAAAUUCCUAUCUGAAGCUCCACUUUAUGCAUCCCUUAGUUAUACAGUUUUAUAUAAAGCUAUUCUCGUUAGACCCUUCAGUCAUCUAUUUCAACAAAUUAAUUAUAAAAAAUAAUAAUUCGAAUUAUAUAUUCUGCCCGAUUACUUUGUUUCCAAAAUGUACUUUAUCCUACUUGGAAUUUUUAAAAAAAGAAGAUGUAAAAAAUUAUUUUCACAUCUUUUAUCAAACUAUAUGCAUUAAAUAUUUGUUAAAAAGGAAAAUAACAUUUCAAGAAAAGUUCAAUAACUUUCACGAUUUCGUAUGCAGAAACAUGUCUCAUAAAAUAUAUGUGAACCAUUCUGUAUUUUACAAAAAUAUAAUUAACAAAAUAAUCAACCGUUCUUUUAACCUAUAUAUAACCAAAGUCAAGAGACGAAGGGGACGGGAAGAAAAACGACACAGUAAUAAUAAAUGGAUCAAACAAAUUAUGAACACUUUAUAUAAUAAAUUUUCAGAAAAUUAUAUUUAUGAUUUUACCAAAUGUAAGUUUUUUUAUUUAAUAUAUAUAAGAAGAAUAAUGAGUGCAAACAGACGAAAUGGAAUGAUACUUGAAAAAAAAUCCACAUCAUUUUUGCCGAAGCAAACAAAAAAAAAGAAAAAAAAGGUAUAA